AAUUAUUUUUUCUCAAGUUACGAGCCUGACCUGCAAAUUCAUUCAAAAUUACCAAGAAUGUGAUAUAUAUAUAAAAAAAUUUAACAAAAAAUUGUUUUAACAUAAACGCAACAAUGAAAAAUCUCGCUGAAGUGUCUAAAGAGGAACAACUAGAAUUCAUAAACAGUUUUGAUCACGUAUUAACUGAUAUAGAUGGAGUCUUAUGGACAUUAUGGGUACCAUUUCCAGGAGCAACAGAAUGUUUCGACAAUUUCAGAAAACUGGGCAAAAAAAUAAAUUUUAUUACAAAUUACGCAGCUGCUCCUCUACAAGAAACAUACAGAAGAUUGAAUAAAAAUAAAUUCACAGUCGAUAUAAAUGAAAUUAUCAAUCCAUUUAUGGGCAUGGUUGAUUACUUGAGGAAAAUAAAAUUCGAAAAAAAAAUAUUUGCCAUUGCUUCUAAAGCUUAUAAACAAGAGUUACGAAAGGAAGGUUUCGAUGUAGCUGAAGAUCCUCCUCAAGAAAUUGAAGAAUCGGCCGCUUAUAUUAUACAAAACAUCCAAGACGACGAAAAAAUUGGAGCCGUUAUUUAUGAUUUCGAUGUAAAUCUCACAUUCAUCAAACUACAGAAAGCGCUGACGUAUUUAAAAAGAAAAGAUUGUUUAUUCUUAAUCGCCGCUGGUGACAAAAAGCUCCCCGUGGGACCGGACGGACCAUUAAUUGGUAACUACUUUUAUCACGCUGCUUUACAAUAUGUCAGUGGAAGACAAGCAGUACAACUAGCAAAACCUUCAGAUGCUUUCAACAACUUUGUGAGUGAGAGACUGAAUAUAACGAAUCCGACUCGAGUACUAUUCAUAGGUGAUGGAAUUAACGAAGAUAUGGGGUUCGCGACAGUCGGAGGAUAUCAAAAACUUCUUGUAUUGAGUGGAGCUACAUCUAUUGUCGAUGUGAACAACUGGGAAUAUCCAGAAGAAUACAAGCCUAAAUAUUAUAUAAGUGGCAUAACACAGUUGAAUGACAUUGUUAAAUUGAUAAAUAAAUUGUAAUUUUCACUAUAGAAUAAAUAUAAACAUACUUA